UUUGAAUAUUAAUCCACCGUAUGCGUAAACAAUGCUAAAAUGGACUCUGCUUCAUAUGGAGUUCUUUGUGGUGUCAUUCGCCCAGCAGAGGUCGUCCUGCAGACUGCUCGCCUUGACUUUCUCCCGACAAUUAACAGCAGCGAGGCUAAUUUGCUCACUUUGACCUGGGGGGUGUUAGACUUUAAAUUACCCACCCACCGGCUUCCGUAUCCUUACGUUUGUGGCUAAACGUCACCCGAGCACACCCCCGAUGUCUGUCAUCCGUCUGGUGCAGGUCUGUAUGAGGCAGUUUACCGCCAACAGCUAAAUGUCAGACCUUUGGCAAAGUGUGCGCACCGCCCUGCGCCACACGGCGAUGAUGGGUGGACCGAGCGGAGCGGAGCGGUAGGGCGCGUUCCUUAAUUUCCCUUCAACGCCGCUUCCUCCCCCCUCCAGCCCUGGACACACGACGAGACCGCGGGACCGCUGUGUUUCCCGUUCACACACGAGGAUUGAUCCAAUGUAUUAUUUACGACCGAAACUUCAGCAACUUAUCCACUGGAUAUGGCUCCCGGUUUGAGGAGUCGGCGGACAGGUCACCCCAAAGUGGUGGGAGCCGGGGGAGCGGAACCCGGUGGGUGCUCGCCGCCAAAGACGGAUGCCGGAGGAGAGGGGAGGUGUUUGAGGACCAGGUGGCGAGCCGGAGCAGCGGGGAUGCUUGCAAACUGUCUUCUGUCUGCGGGAAUGCUUUUACUUCUUGUCCGGUGCGCUUUGGCCGCAGAGGAAAAACCCACCUAUGAUGCCUCUGGCUCCUCGUCUAUAACAAGUGACCCUGCAGUCACGGCUGCUCCUGCUCAUCCAUUGGCUGACCUGUCUGUGGCGGAGGAGGUGCCUUUCUCAGUCAUCCAUUCAGAUGGUGACUCAGAGCCUGAGGGGGAAGGUUUAUCAGGGCAGCCUGCCUUUUCUUCUGUCUUAACCGUCAUGGCAGGAACUGUCAAACAUCCAGCGAGCCUUGAUCAAAGUAGAACCUCGCCGACUAUCACCAGGGACAAGACCCUCACCACCCAAUGGCCUUCAUAUAGUUCCAGCCAGGGCUCAGAGAUGUCCUCCUCAUCGUCGUCUGCGGGAGAUAGGAUCUUCCUUGCCAGCUCUGGUCUGACUUCCAACAUAUCUCGACAACACACCAUACCACCUCAGACUCUUACCAUGGCAUCAACUGUCUCUAGGCCAUCACAUGAGUCCUUUAUGGAUGAAAACAGGAAUGUCUCAUCAUUUUCAUCAUGGACACUAUCAUAUUCUUCAUUGUCAUCAUCAAUGUCUUCAUCAUCUCCAUCCACUUCCUCUGUGUUAUCUUCUGUAGUGUCUCUAUUUUCUCUACCAUCUUCUGCUGGAUGGAUAAACAAAGCUGCUUCAUCUCAUGGUCAAAGGAUUGUAUCCAGCCCUGCCCCUCAGACAGAAACAGCAACAUUAUCACCAGCAGGGUCUCUGGGUUGGACAGACAGUCUAACAACCACACAAUCCAACACUCAUUCAGCUGUUACACAGGGACUGCAAAGCACAACAACCAAACCAUCAGCCAUUCCAAGUGAAACCAGCAUUGAAAAGAGCAAUGAAAUGACAAAACACUCCUUUUACUCAUCAGUGGAUAAAAUCCAUGGAGUGAGUGGACCAGCAACCAGCACAUAUACAUCCAAUUCUACUCCUAACCCUGGACAAAAUCUUUUAAAGAUUUUAUACAGACCCACUCAAACCCAGAACCCAGAGGCGGGGAUGGAUGAGUUAACCGCUGGAACAUCCAGAGCAGAUGCGCUCACUUUCCCCAAAGAAAAAGUGGCCAGUCCAGCCCCCUCUCAAUCAGUCAGAAUUACCCUUUCUGCUGGGCCCACCGAGAGGACAUCUCAGGUAUCACCCCUGCCCCCUCGACAGGACACCACUACAGCCUCUGAUAAGCUUAACACUACAACCGUAGCUUCAACAACCAAAACUAAAAACCCCACCACUAGCACGCAUUCCCUAAGAGUCACCACCACCACACAGUCUACCACCACUACCACACCACAGCCCACAACGACGACCGCUACAACCAUCAAGAGUCAAACCAGCAGGAGAACAUUCACACCACCUGUCCCCAGAACGAGCCCUCCCAGGGGGGCCACCACCAUCUUUAUUUCCCCUUUUACCACCACCACAGAGGCUCCCCCACAGCAGUGCAACAUCACAGAGAGAUUGUGGGUGAAAACAGUUGUUUCCAUCUAUGUGAGAAGAAACAGGCUGGACAGCAUUCAGAGGCAGAACCUACGAAGGGGACUAAGUCAGGGCCUCCGAAAAGCUCUGAAUGAUAGUUCAGCCCAGGCUCAGGUGGAGACAGUAUUUGGUUCUCCCAACAUGACAGUGGCUUAUCAUGUGACUGGAGGGGACAUGGUUUACCCUCCCUCUGUAGUGCUGGAGGGCUUGGACUCCUAUGGCCGUGAUAAGCUGAUUGCAGACCUGCGACAGUACCUCCCCAUGGUAACAGCCCUGCCCCUCCCAGUUGCAUCAUGGAGACCCGGCCCAGCCACUGGCUUCCAACUGAAAACAGUGCUGCAGUUUGUGGGAGCAGGAGAUGAUCCUCGGUCCUGUCGGUUCUCUCAAAUGAUGGAACAGAGACUCGAGAAGGUGUUUUCUGAAGUGCAGGCCAAAGUGCUCAACACCAACAGCAGACUCUCUGUUCAGAUGCUGAGUGUCUCCCAGGCAGCAGGCUCUCCUGCUGUGUCAUUGGUCUACACUGUGAAGAAUGGGACUGUCUUCCUUAAUGGCACCACUGCCUCAAACCUCCUUGGUCAGCUGUCAGCUGAGCUGGUGGGCUACUUCCUCUUCUAUCCACCACUUGUCAUUGCUGAGCCAAUGGAGUACCACAAUCUGAACACAUCCAUUGCUACCAGAGACUUCUGGGUUAUUACAGUGAUCCAGGAUGUGGAUAACGCCAGCCUGGAGGGACAGUACCAAAGCUUUGCCAGUCUAAUGGAGCAGCGGCUGGCAGAGCUGUUUGUGUUGGCAGGCCAGCAGGGUACUCGUUUCAGACGAGCCACCACUGUAGACAGCUACACUGUCCAGAUGGUGAGCAUCCGUAGGGUGUCAGGGUCAAAGAAUCCAGCAGAGAUGACCUACUAUGUCCAGCACAAUGGCAUUCCUUUAUCAGGCACGUCAGCUGCAAAGGUCCUGAAUACAGUGGAUUCUCAGACCAUGGCGCUCACCCUGGGCUACUUUGUCCAGCUACAAGCAGAACCUGUGGUCAAGAACCCUCCUAAUAACCUUUGGAUAAUCGCUGCAGUGUUGGCCCCCAUCGCCGUAGUAACACUCAUUAUCAUCAUCAUCACAGCUGUGCUGUGCAGGAAGAAUAAAAAUGACUUUAAAGCGGAUGCCAUCGGCAACCUCAAUCCCCGAGCUAAGAUGGCGUAUCGGAGAGAUGUGGGCUAUUAUCACCAGCCAGUCCAGGGAUUUGACUAUGCCAAGCAGCACCUGGGCCAACAGGGAGGGGAUGAGGAGACCCUGCCUGUCAGUCAGGAUACCUUAGUGAUGUCCCUACAAAUUCGGGACACACCACUUUCACUAGAAAAGGCCCUGCAGCAAGACGGAACUGCCAACCGGAAAAGCCUCACCACCGACAAACACAAAAGCAAGUUGCCGAGUGAGGACGGUUCCGUCAUCAGCAACGAAUCAGAGAAGCUGAAUUCCGGCAGGGGCUUGACAGUGCUGAAAGUCACAGCACAGCAGAAACUGACAAAGGAGGAGACGCGCAACAGGGACGAUCCAUAUGACACCUCCUCUGGCUCCCUGCAGCUCAUUUCCAUAAAGCCCAUGGCGGCUCAGCCCAACUACUCACACCCUGCUUCCUCUGACCGCAGCCAGGACUCAGCCAUCGUCAACGGAGAGGUGAAUUUGGCUCUGAAGCAGAAGUCAGACAUUGAGCACUACAGGAACAAGCUGAGGCUGAAGGCUAAGAGGAAGGGCUAUUAUGACUUCCCCUCCACAGACGGCAGCAGCAGCGGUCGAGCCCUGCCGCAGAGACAGCGGCACGGCCAUGAGAGGGCAGCUGGUGAGCAUGGCAGACCACUGGAGCCUGAUGAUGAGCGAGGUUCCACUUAUGUCAAGUCUCACAGGAGGCACUCCCAGGUAGGGCAGACAGCCUAUCGCAGCAGACAGAGUCUGAGCAGUCCCAGCCCUGGAGGAACAGAGAUGGAUCUGCUUGUUAUGAGGGAGAGACCCAGGAGAGGCAUUCGCAACAGCGGCUAUGAUACUGAACCUGAAUUGAUUGAGGAGACGAAUGUUGACCGUCUAAUCGGGCCGCGGGGAUACGUCUACGGUCGGGGCUUAAAAGGCCACUCGGAGACAUCCACUCUGAGCUCACAGCCGUCCAUUGAUGAAGUACGACAGCAGAUGCACCUGCUGCUGGAGGAGGCAUUCAGCCUGGCUUCAGGGGGGCAGUCCACAUCUGGAAGACACUCCCAUCACCGCCACCCACCUCCUGACCACUACAGCCCGGCACCGCCUCCCCUCCCCUACGCUGACGUGGUGACCAGCGCCCCGGGUACAAUGAGCUGUGGACGGGGAGGCCUGCAGUGGGUACCAUCUUAUGGUGCAGAUGUGUAUCAAUGCAGCCUGCCCAAACCGGCCUUUCACUUCACCCAGCUCCCUGAGAUGGCCAUGGGUUCUCCUCCCCCUUUACCACCUCGCACUGGACCUCCUCCUGGGACCUCCUUAAGACGUUCCACUUCUGACUUGGGGCCUAAGGGAAGGAGCUCAGAGACAUCUAUCACUGAAAUGCAGAGUCAACAUGACAACAACCCAUAUGGGCCAACUACUAGAGCAGCACUUCCAUCUAUCACUGCAGAGCAGCCUGUGUCCAACUACUCAGGAAACCCAAUAACAGCCGUCUACGCCAUCCCAGCCACCAGGCCUGGCUACUCAGAAUACUUUGUCUCCACACCACCCACCUCCUACCACAGUCCCUCCUGGAUGUCCUAUCCACCUGAGCCUGAGGAUGUGCCGCCACAGUGGGCAGACUCUUUGCCCCUGCCUGGGUAUGUAGAGGCUUUUCCUCAUCCUCGCUACCCUCAGGGGAGCCCCACCAGGCUGCCCCUGCAGUAUAACCAGGCACUGGAGCCGCCACCCACUGCCCCUAGCACAGCAUCCCAGCAAAGCCUGCCCCAGGUGGUGAAGGCCAUGGACCGCAUGCCCCUGAGCAGCCUCUCCACCUCUGCACUCGUGCAGGCUAUCCGGCAGGAGGUGGCCAAGUUGGCGAAGAAGCAGAAUGACGUGUUUGAGUUCUAGUUUUAAUUCUUUGUGUGCAGGAGAUGAUUAACUGUGCACUGGUCUUCAACAGAGGUACACAAAGGUGGUACUCCUUCAGACUGAUUUUUGAUGUUUGUACCGUAAAACGGACUUAUCUUCUUUACCCACUGAUUGAUUUCUUUUCACGCGCCAUUGGUGUUUUGCAGAUCCUGACUUAAAGGAACAGAAAAGAUUAUUUUUUUUUUUGUUUUUUUUUGAAAAAAAAAAUGCCAUCCUCUAUUGAUGAUGUCCCAAGUAACUACAUGCAUCUCUUCUUUGUAGAUAUGUCAAUAGGAUACGCUAAAUAUGGAAAAUGUAAUUUUCCAGGAUUAGACUUUUUUUUGUGAAUCAGCAUCAACUGAGAAGAGAGAAAAAGUAGCAUUAUUGUCUGUACUGAGAGGACCAAAUACUUCCUGUCAGAUGGUUAAGUAUAAACCACAGUGUAUAUGAGCAUGUACAGUAUUAGGACAUCGUGUAUCUUAUCUCCUUUUAUAGACCAUUAGCUUCAACAGGCUACAUCAAUAUCAGUUUAUUCAAGCAUCCAUAUCAUAUCAAAGUACCACAUCACUUUUCACAAAUUCUUCAGUUUUUUUCAUAUCACAUAUCAACACCAUUACAAUAACAACAAACACUGACUGUCCUUGGUGGUCUAAUCAUUUUUAGAAAUUUAAGUUGUAGUUCCUGUUAAUUAUCAAAUGGACUAAAUACAGUUUAUAUGUAUCUGGCUCUUUAGUUGAACCCUAUUAAAUGUUAAUGUUAAUAUAAAUGUUUGCCUUUAUGUAUCUGAAAGAGAGGGAAGCAUUUAUCCAUGCAAUAUUUGUUUGGGUGUGCACAACAGUAAUGGGUGGUUAUUAUACUUAAAUACUUAAAAACAUUAACUUUGACGUAGCUAUAGGUUUCGCUUUUCUUGAAGAAAAAGACAAAAACACUUUCAAAAACCCAAAUGGAAAAACUUAAUAUAUAUUUGCAGCUGGAUGGACAUCACAGAGUUGCAGUUUUAUACCGAGCCCAGAGGUUGGAAGAUGCACGGAUGGCUCAAUGCACAUAAAACUUCAAAACCUUGGUCACAAAACAAUUCUCUUUGCUGCUGGUAGUAGUGCCACAGUUUCUUGUAAAGUUAAACUACAAAGAAGGUGAGUCUAUAGUUUGUUUCCUGGCCUUAAAACAGUCUCAUUGGGUGCAUUCCAUGAAUAAAAUACAAAGUUUGUGUAAACUAUUGACCUAAAGAGAGGUCCUAGAUCAGUACUCCUGUUCUAAGAAGUUUUAGGUACACAAACCCUGAUGUCUUUGUGUAACAUUUUGAAUGUCUGCCUGAGCGUCGACUCAGAUUGAGUGUACAGUACCACACCUGUUGUUGUCCAAGAACUGUUUCAGAAGCACCGUGUUCAGUGUAAACAUAUCAUUGUGGAAUGCCAGUGUGCCCUGGAAUCAUCCGGUUUGUUAAGGUGCAAAGUGCAUAUAUGCUGGGGUAGACAUUUACCUUAAAAAACUAAUUUCAUUCUUCACAUCAAUCUUAAUUAUAUUUUAAAUCAGCCAGACAGUACACGAAAGCAUGACAGAGUAACAUAACAACAUACCAGGUCACAUAAAAACAUAAAUAUGGUAUGUAAAAAGAGCUAAAAUUAGAUUUAAAAAAAGAAUACAAACAUAAGAGCAAAAGACCAAACCUUCUGAUAGCCAUUGGAAUAAAGGAGACCCAUGCAUGCCAGAAUUAUUCCAGCAGCAACAAGGAAAGAAGGAGGUCAAUUCUUUGUUUAGUGGAAGAUCGGGGCAUUCAAGGAUCCAACUAGCCUUUUUGAUGACAUGCUUCAGUUAAUAUCUUGAAGCUUAUUUUAUCUGAAUCACUUAAUUUAAUCAGUGAUUAAAUUUUUUUUUUAUCUGAAUCACUCAUUUUAAUCAGCUUUGUCAACCCAUUUUAUUUUGUCUGGCCACCAUAUCAGGGCAGUGCAUAAAACAAAACUAUGAACUAUUCAAUAAAACUCCUAUAAAACAAAAGUCAUUAAAUCAUUGCACACAUGAAAGGAAUUCAUCAAGACUCAUACUCAUAUUUCACUGUGGCAUAAAAGCCAUCAAUAAGUUAUGAUGAAUUCUUAAUGCAGAAUUGCUGGCUUGGGAAUGCAAAGUGGGACUGACUGCAGAUGAGUGCAUGUAGGCCUAUAGCAGGGGUGCUGCAAUAUUUUUGCAUAAACAUUCAGAUGCUAUAGAUUGCCUACUUUAACUAUGUUAUUGCAAAUCACAUGGAAUGCUUUGCUGAUUAUUAUAAUCAAUAAUGUCAUAAGAAAUGUGCCAGUUGUGACAUAAGAAAGAAAACUGAGUGAAAAUGCCUUUAAAUCAUUUUUUCCUUUCGAAAAACUGUACUGCUGUUACAGCCGUCCUGAAUGAAUUUAGCGAUUUAUGACUUUUGAGCAAACCCUUCCUCUCUUCCAAUGUUCUUUUAUACUCAUGCCUGUUGGUGUGUAAGUAGGUAUAAGGAAAUACUGUAUAAACUCAACAAGAACUUUGUUGUUGCUUGUUUUCCCAAGAUUCCUUUUACCCAUUAUUCAGAGGAGCACUUAAUGUCUUAAGAACUGUACUAAUUACAGUGAUACCAUUUUUUGUGUAAACCAGAAGUGAACACCUUUCCACAUUCUCAUGCUGGAAAACUUAGCGAUAAUACAUAAAAGGGUUUUAGGGUUUAUUGGUUUAGAAAAAAUGACGAAUAUUUAUUCUAUAAAAUUAAAUAUGAAGUGAGCUAAAUCUAUUAAAAAUCAAUGUUUUUUUGGUCUUCCUGACUGGAUUUCUCAUUUCCUUUUCAUCUGCUUGAUCUUGUUAUAUUUGAUGUUCCUCGGAGAUUGAUCUGACAGAGAGACCUUGAGACAGAUGGAGAAUAAAAGAAAUAUUAGCCUACGUGAUUAAAAUCAAAUAAAAGAUUUUAUUAGAAGAA